AUGAAGCCAGAGAUAUUAGCUAAACACCAGGCAAACGAUGAAGGUAGAAUGACUAAGCAAACAGGUGCAGAGGUUUGUGCAGAGGAUGCCCGUUUGGAAGCUUUCCAAAAAGUGUCCAACUUGUUUGAAACACAUUUGAAUUGCGCCACACCUCAGAAGUCAGAAGACUUGUGGAAAGAGCAUUUAUUAAUUAGAGAAUGUCUCGAUGAAGUUCAAAAGUUACAAGAUACAUUAGCUGAUACUUCUUCUUUAUUAUUGGACAAGCGUUCCAAAAGUUCUUUGGAAUAUUUUAAUAAAUGGGCCAAACAGAUUGGAAUCCAAUAUGAUGGCGUCGAAAUCGCUCAAUGGACACAGCGUGAUUUCCAACUGAGAGCCAGAAAGGAGAUUAAAAAAGACGAACCUAUUGUGGUUGUACCUCAUCAUGCCAUGAUUUCUUAUGAUUUGGUCAAGAAAUCAUCCAUGCUCAAAAAAGCCGUAGAGCUCGAUCCCAUCUUGAAGUCCAUGGAUAAUGUCGCUCUUGCGUUGUUCUUAUCAGGUCAUCGCUUGCGAAGUGAUUCCAAAUGGAUUGCAUACUUGGACAUGUUACCCACCUCCUUCUCAACUCCCUUAUAUUAUUCUGAAGAAGAACUACUUGCACUAAAACCUUCCCCUGCUUUUGAUGAAGCAUUGACAUUCUACCGCACCAUUUCUCGUCAGUUCUGUUACUUCUUCUUGCAGUUCGGCAAGAACGAUCUGUACAACUCUCUCAGAAAAAGAAGACAAUUCACUGAUGCACCACCUCCAUUCUACAACAGUCCGUUCACUGUUGAGAACUUCACUUUCGAUUUGUAUCGUUGGGCAGUUUGUAUAAUCUCUACAAGAGUCAAUAUGGUUCCGAGCCAAACUCGCAAGGAUAAACAAGGAAAUCCCGUAUUUGUGCCCGUGCUGAUACCUGUUCUCGACAUGGCUAAUCAUGAAUAUGUUGAGGCAACUUCAGUCUCGUAUGUGGCUGAAACCGAGUCCGGCGAGAUCUCUGCUUCUCGUGAUUACAAAAUUGGAGAAGUCAUCACAAUUGACUAUGGGCGUCGAACAAAUGCUGAUCAUUUGCUUUACAAUGGAUUUGUUCCAGCUGAAAAUCCGAGCAAUUCUUACAAAUUGAAAAUUGCCUUACCCAGAUCUGAUCGUCUGUUCAGAUCCAAAGCAAAGGUCUUGCUGGAUAUGGAUUGUGUGCCCUGGUUAGGCUCUAAUUUGUACAUUUUUGACAUCGUGCUCGAUGAGAUUCCUUUCGGAUCUACUCUAGUCGACUUCAUUCUCGUAUUCCUUUCUGAUGAUCCUAUGGUCCAAAUCGAGCAGGAUACCAAAAGCCACAAGAAAGUGGCCAGUUUCCUGAAGACGAGAUUUGCUCUAUUGGAGAGAACAUAUGCCAUGGCUAAAGAAUUAAAAUCUCCUAACAGUGCUGCUAUCCUACGUUUGAAAGCAGCUGAUCUUCAGAUAUUGGAGAAAGCAAGAGAGUAUUGCGAAGAAUGGGAGAAGGUGCUUGCUGUUGAGGAGAAGAGUUCGUAA